GCGUGUAAGAAAUGUAAUCGGAGCUGAAAUGGACCCGCCCCAACACUGGGUUAAAACCAGACCCGUCAAUAAGAAGAGAGGCUUUAAGUGUUGGAAGCGGAAAAGGAUAAGGGGGCCGGAGGAAGUUCAUCGCCGGUGACGGAAUUGAAGAAGAAGAAGAUGGGUCAUGCAUGCGUCUCGACAUCGUCGGCUUCUUCUCUCAGGAUUACAGCUGGAUUCGUCUCCAAUGGCUCUUCCUCUUUCGAUUCUCAGAAGCUUUCCCUCCCUCUUCCUUCAAGAAAGACGAACAAGUUAGUUAGCGAGAGAAAGAAUUGGAAGAGGUCAUCAUCAUCAUCAUCAUCAACUCGGAAGGCUGUAUACUCCGACGGCAAUCUCUGGACACCUGCGCCUCCCUCUCCUCAAGGAGUUUGGUCCAUAAGAGAUGAUUUACAAGUCCCUUCUUCUCCCUAUUUUCCUGCCUACGCUCAAGGACCGCCUCCUAUGGUUCAAGAGCGUUUCCAGAGUAUCAUUACCCAACUCUUCCAAUAUAGGAUUAUUCGCUGUGGUGGUGCUGUGGAUGAUGAUAUGGCCAACAUCAUCGUUGCUCAGCUUCUUUACCUUGAUGCCGUUGAUCCUACUAAGGAUAUUGUCAUGUAUGUGAAUUCUCCUGGUGGCUCUGUUACUGCUGGCAUGGCUAUCUUCGAUACUAUGAGGCAUAUCCGACCUGAUGUCUCCACUGUUUGUGUUGGUCUUGCUGCUAGUAUGGGAGCUUUUCUGCUUAGUGCUGGAACCAAAGGAAAAAGAUACAGUCUACCAAACUCAAGGAUAAUGAUCCAUCAGCCGCUUGGUGGAGCUCAAGGUGGCCAAACCGAUAUCGACAUUCAGGCAAAUGAAAUGCUGCACCACAAGGCCAACCUAAACGGUUACCUCGCUUACCAGACUGGUCAAAGCCUGGAGAAGAUAAACCAAGACACUGACCGUGAUUUCUUCAUGAGUGCUAAAGAGGCAAAAGAUUAUGGACUUAUCGAUGCUGUCAUCAUGAACCCUCUUAAAGCUCUUCAGCCACUUGCACCUGCUUAAGAGCCUCAAGGUAAUACUUCAGCUUAGUAGGCCUUUUAUGAACUGAUGGAAAUCAGAUUUGUUUGGGAUCAAAACCAGUAGUAUCUGUGAUACAUUUAUGAAGAACAAAGUAAAGUUUUCUUGCUGUUUGGUUGAAUAACAUUGGCCUUCAAGGAAUGUUUUUACCCUUUGUAAUCGAAUUAUUGGCCCAUUUUAAUCUCGUUGUAUCAAUAUUCUAGUUUCACACC